CGGAUGAAGCCGUGGAUCUUAGGCAUACAGAGCCCCCUGCGACAACGAUUUUGCCGACUUGCAACCUCACCCGCCGCCAGCUUCCCGCGACCUCCGCCAACCAACAGACAUCAACCAACAAGUCACCAUGUCUGCUUCUCUAGCGCCCGAGUGCAACGAAGUCAAGGAGCGCUACGAUACUUGCUUCUUGAAAUGGUACAGCGAGAAGUACCUCCGAAGCAGCGGUACAGACAACAAUGAGUGCGCCGACCUCUUCAAAAACUACCAAAAAUGUUUGACGGUGGCGCUCAAGGAACGUGGGAUAGACAAGCUGCUGGACGAGGCGCGGGAGGACCAGAAGGACAAUGACGCGACGUACAUGGGACGCAAAUACAUUUGAAUCAGACUAGCACGCAAGAUGUAUGUCGAGCGCGUUGUUUCCCAGGGUUGCAGUUGCAUUUUCCCCGGGCGCGUUGUGGCAGCGGGAGAUGGGCAAUCUCAGGAGAAUGCCCCGUUGUCUGCUUCCAUGACGUGGCCGUAGAUGAACAAGUAAGCGGAUGGCGGCGGUGGGAGGGGAUUUCUUCCUCGACCUGCUUGCUUGCUUGCUGGGCGUAAAGGAGCCCGUCAGCUAAGCGUAAUAAGAUGCUGCAACGGCAAUUUGAACAUUCCGAGAUAAACCUGGCAGCUGGAUGCGUAGGGGAAGGGGAAGACGUUGAAGAAGAACGGAUUUGGUGAGCUAGAAAACAUUGAGAUCAACGUCCGGGCUCCAUCCACUUGAAGCACCGGGUAUUUCCCAAUGGUGAGAAUCCAAGUAUGUGUACAGAUACAUGUCCGAACACGUGUAUCCGUACGCAUUCGCGCCAUGUGAUUGUUUACAUUGUUUCUCUUUGUUCGUCUUUUUCGUUCCUGC